GCCAGAGUAUCUGUAUCUGUGGCGCGUCAUUGUUGUGCGCCGUUGCCGUUGCCGUUGCCGUUGCUGUUGCCAUUCCCAUUGCCAGCCAUCGGCCGUCGCUGUCGCUGUUGCUGUCGGUAUCGCCUUCGCAUUCGCGUAGUAGGCCAUCUCAGUUACAAGACCAUUAUUUGGCGUAUUUUUGUCGUUCGUUUGUUCGUUUGCGUUUUGGGUUGGUCGUUCGUCGGCUGGAUGGAUCAUAGUACGCCCAGUGGCGUCUACAAAGCGGAUUUGGAUCACAAUCACAGCGCAGUUGCAAUUUCAUAGUCAGACUCGGAGUCGGCCAUUGCCAUUGCCGGGUAUCGCAUUCAUGAGCUGGCUCAUUGGCAGUCAUUUGGUUUCGUGCUCCGACCACCGGCAGUAGUACGUUAUUUACCUGUCCUCCUCCGCCGUCGCCUGUAACCACCAACACCACCACCAACGACGCCUACAAAAUCCAACUCUCCCAUUCGCGAGUGAUCUAAUAAAAUAGUGCAAAAAUAAAAAAUGAGUAUGGUGUAAUCAGAAUUUACUUAAAUUCCAGUGAUAAUUAGAAGAUAAAGAAACAUACAUUCUACAGUGAUUGUGAUUUUCAAUAAAGAUUUCGAUUCGAUUUUUAAUUGUGACUAACAUUAUAUUGCUGUUGUGAUCAAGACACUAACAAAAAUUGCUUCAUUUCGGUGCGGAAUAGUAUGCCAAUUUGUUCACAGUGGAUUCAACGAAUAAAAUGGCCGUUGGACCGACGGAGGGCAAACAGCCGCAGCCGCCCUCAGAGACCUUCUCGCCCACACACCAUCAGAUUAUAGCACCCAGCCCAAUAUUGGCAGUACCCACUCUGGCCUUCUCGGCGGCUCAAGUGGAGAUCGUGUGCAAAACUCUGGAGGAUUCGGGCGAUAUUGAACGGCUAGCUCGAUUCCUAUGGAGCUUGCCAGUGGCCCUGCCCAAUAUGCAUGAGAUACUCAACUGUGAGGCGGUGCUACGCGCUAGGGCAGUUGUCGCCUAUCAUGUUGGUAAUUUCAGGGAACUUUAUGCAAUAAUAGAGAAUCAUAAAUUUACAAAAGCUUCGUAUGGCAAAUUGCAGGCCAUGUGGCUGGAGGCUCACUACAUUGAAGCCGAAAAAUUGCGCGGUCGAUCACUGGGUCCCGUCGACAAAUAUCGAGUGCGCAAGAAGUUUCCGUUGCCACCCACCAUUUGGGAUGGUGAGCAAAAGACUCAUUGCUUCAAGGAGCGCACGAGAAGUUUAUUGCGCGAAUGGUACCUACAGGAUCCCUAUCCAAACCCCACAAAGAAACGCGAACUGGCCAAGGCCACUGGCCUGAACCCCACGCAAGUGGGCAAUUGGUUUAAGAAUCGCAGGCAACGAGAUCGUGCUGCUGCGGCCAAGAAUCGUAUUCAGCACAACCAAAACAAUUCGGGACUUGGUUGUCGCAGUCGACGGGCUGACGGAGGGGCCUCACCCACACCCUCGGAUAGUUCGGAUUCGGAUAUUUCCCUAGGCACACACUCGCCUGUGCCGAGCAGUCUCCAUUUACAGCACAGUCCUGGCAGCACUUCGAACGGAGCCAACGAUCGAGAGGAGAGUCUAAGUGUGGACGAUGACAAGCCGCGGGACCUAAGUAGCUCGCUGCCUUCGCCUACACCUAUUCAACUGCCGACGGCUUACAGUGGAGCUGCAGGUGGUACGCUGCCGCCUGGUUGUCUGCCUCCCUUUAAGUUGGAUACGACUGCAAGCAGUUUGUUCAAUGCCGGCUGUUACCUGCAGAGCUUUAGCAACUUGAAGGAGAUGUCCCAGCAGUUUCCCAUUCAACCGAUUGUCAUCAGGCCUCAUCCGCAGCUGCCGCAGCCGUUGGCUCUAAACGGAAGCACCGGCGGACCACCGCCACCUCCCACGCAUCAUCUGCACCAGCAUCAGCAUCAUCCUGGCUACGCGGCCGCCUACAGCGUGGAAUGCGUUCCACCGCCGCCGGCUCCCAAGCUGCGGAUCAACUCACCCGAAAAACUCAAUUCAACGGCCGUAUCGGCAGUGGCGGUUGCGGCUGCUGCAGGAGUUGCUGCUGCUGCAGCUGUGGCAGCUGCGGCUGGCCAUGAGUCUAGCAGCAACACAACCUCGGCCUACCAUCAUCACAGUGCGGCUCAGUUGCUGCACCGACCGUUCUCUACAUCGCCCGAACUGAAGCACAGUGCCCCCGAAAUCACAUGAUAUCAAAGGGUUUGAGUUGCCGAUUACCCUCGACGCGGCUUCCCACUAUCCAUCACCAUUUCCCUCUCUGCCGCAUUCUACACUAAGGCCCAGCUUAUGAAAAUUGUUUCAAUUGUAAUAUUAAGUCGUCAGUAGUAAAGCGCAUUCCCGGAGCGUCUUUUAAAAAAUAACGAUUAUUUUGUACUCCUAAUCGAUAUUUGGCAAACGAUUCUACUCCUUAUACUCCCGAACCGCA